AUGGAGAGUGGCAUUAAUAAAUUCGGAAGAGGUCCGAGAGAGCUUACAGGCGGUCUUGAUCUUAUAAGCCACUACAAAUUAUUGCCUUUCCACGAGUUUUUCUGCAAGAAAGCUCGUCCUGUCUCGGUUCUGGACACGCAUUACCUUCACAAUGUAGUUGGGGACACAGAUAUUAGGAAAGGGGAAGGAAUGCAGUUGGGUCAACUCGUUCAGAGUACGCCCCAAAGAGAUACUAAUUCACGUAUUCAACCGUUCAGAUUGGACGUGCUUGGUGAAGCCUUUCACAUCCGAGAAUCAUCGUCUGUUGACUUACCUUCUUCUGAGAAGGGAAUUCCUACUGUUGCUGUGAAACCUAAAAUCGAGUCCAAACCAAAAGACAAGCAUAAGAAGCACAAGAACAAAGACAGGGAAAAGGAUAAAGAUAGAAAAAAACACAAACACCGGAGUAAAGAGGAAAAGGAGAAAAAGAGAGAGAAAAAGGAUCAGAAAAGGAAGCAUGAUGGAGUUGAAGAUGCCAAUGGCAUUAAGAAGCACAAGAAAACUAAGAAUAUUGGAGCACCAAAGAAAUAA